GUCGAGUGCUGCGGUGGGGGUGGGGCCUGGCGAUGGAGGCGCCGGCGCUGGAGGCCCGAGGAGCAGCACUUGCCUCCCCGAGAGGGAAGGAAGAGCCUUCAGACGGCCGCAGAGCAGCUCCAGCGAGGUGCCCCAGGAGCCACCUGCGUCCCCGCCUAGCCCUCCCCUGCGGGGGCAGCCGCCACCAUGUUCUCGUGUGUGAAGGCCUACGAGGACCAGAACUACUCCGCCCUGAAGCGGGCCUGUCUGCGCCGGAAGGUGCUCUUCGAGGAUCCCAACUUCCCGGCCACCGAUGACUCGCUGUACUAUAAGGGCACCCCGGGGCCCACUGUCCGGUGGAAGCGGCCCAAGGACAUAUGUGAGGACCCCCGCCUCUUUGUGGAUGGCAUUAGCUCCCAUGACCUGCACCAGGGCCAAGUGGGCAACUGUUGGUUCGUGGCGGCCUGCUCUUCGCUCGCCUCCCGGGAGUCACUGUGGCAAAAGGUCAUCCCAGACUGGAAGGAGCAGGAGUGGGACCCCGAGAAACCCAAUGCCUAUGCAGGCAUCUUCCACUUCCACUUCUGGCGCUUUGGGGAGUGGGUGGAUGUGGUCAUUGACGACCGGCUGCCCACAGUCAACAACCAGCUCAUCUACUGCCACUCCAGCUCCCGCAACGAGUUCUGGUGUGCCCUGGUGGAGAAGGCCUACGCCAAGCUGGCAGGCUGUUACCAGGCACUGGAUGGAGGCAACACGGCAGAUGCGUUGGUGGACUUCACAGGUGGCGUUUCCGAGCCCAUCGACCUGACCGAGGGUGGCUUUGCCCACGAUGAGGCCAAGAGGAACCAGCUCUUUGAGCGUGUGUUGAAGGUGCACAGCCGGGGGGGUCUCAUCAGCGCCUCCAUCAAGGCGGUGACAGCAGCAGACAUGGAGGCCCGCCUUGCGUGUGGCCUGGUGAAGGGCCACGCGUAUGCCAUCACUGAUGUGCGCAAGGUGCGCCUGGGCCACGGCCUGCUGGCCUUCUUCAAGUCGGAGAAGCUGGACAUGAUCCGCCUGCGCAACCCCUGGGGCGAGCGGGAAUGGAACGGGCCCUGGAGUGACACCUCAGAGGAGUGGCAGAAAGUGAGCAAGAGCGAGCGGGAGAAAAUGGGUGUGACCGUGCAGGAUGACGGGGAGUUCUGGAUGACCUUCGAGGACAUGUGCCGCUACUUCACCGACAUCAUCAAGUGCCGCUUGAUCAAUACAUCUUACCUGAGCGUCCAUAAGACGUGGGAGGAGGCCCGGCUGCGGGGUGCCUGGACACGGCACGAGGACCCCCAGAAGAACCGCAGUGGAGGCUGCAUCAAUCACAAGGACACCUUCUUUCAGAAUCCACAAUACAUCUUUGAUGUCAAGAAGCCAGAAGAUGAAGUGCUGAUCUGCAUCCAGCAGCGGCCGAAACAGUCCACCCGCCGGGAUGGCAAGGGUGAAAAUCUGGCCAUUGGCUUUGACAUCUACAAGGUGGAGGAGAACCGCCAGUACCGCAUGCACAGCCUGCAGCACCGGGCCGCCAGCUCCAUCUACAUCAACUCACGCAGUGUCUUCCUACGGACGGACCAGCCCGAGGGCCGCUUUGUCAUCAUCCCCACCACCUUCGAGCCGGGCCACACUGGCGAGUUCCUGCUUCGAGUCUUCACUGAUGUGCCCUCCAACUGCCAGGAGCUACGCCUGGAUGAACCCCCUCGCACCUGCUGGAGCUCCUUAUGUGGCUAUCCCCAACAGGUGACUCAGGUGCAAGUCCAAAGGGCUACUGGUCUCAAGGACUCCUCGACAGGGGCCAACUCUUAUGUGAUCAUUAAGUGCGAGGGUGACAAAGUCCGCUCGGCUGUGUGGAAAGGUACCUCGACGCCCGAGUACAACGUGAAAGGCAUCUUCUACCGAAAGAAGCCAGGCCAGCCCAUCACAGUCCAGGUGUGGAAGCACCGGGUCCUGAAGGAUGAAUUCCUGGGCCAGGUGCACCUGAAGGCUGACCCGGACGACCUCCAGACCCUGCACACUGUCCACCUCCAGGACCGCAGCGGCCGGCAGCCCAGUGACCUGCCUGGCACCGUGACUGUGUGUGUCUUCAGCAGCACCUCCCUCACGGCUGUCUGACACCUGCCCGACCGCCUGGCCUCCACAGUGUUACCACCAUCUGCAUGUCCCCAACCUGGCCAGGGACUAGCCAGGAGCCAGGACGCUGGGGGCCUUUCCUCAGCUUUUCUACUGACUGGCUGUGUGAACUUGCGAGGCCUCUGUCCGUCUCAGGGCCUCAGUGUCCCAAGGACCCCAAAGCGUUCCCUUCUCAUGGAGGAGCCUUCCUGCCUGAGAUUUAUGAUAGCUCUCCUUGCCCCAGCUGUCACCACUGCUAAGGGACUCUAUCCGUUGAAAAUGUUUUCCCAAGCCCUGCUGUCUGCCGAUGGGGUGCCAAGAUGUCACUUGUUUACACACGAUCUGCCACAUUCCCCAACCCUACCCUUGCCCUUUUUCCCCAGGCCUGCUCCUGUGUCCCAGACCUUGUUCUCUCUGUCACCUACACCUGUUGUUCUAGCCACCUUGAAAGGACUCUUGGCUCUUGCUGGGUUCCUGCUUGGGCUGGAGUCAGAAAAAUGGGCAGGUGACAUAUGUUCAUUCUUUGAUCCUGUCUACUUGCCCAUCCAUUUAUUCAACAGAGAUUAGCUAAAUGAAUAAAUGAUGCCCAGGAGACCCCCGGUGGCGCCGGGCACCUCCCUGCCACUCUGAGACCAGCGUCUGUCCUGGGCCUCACCUCUGCUCUCAGGCCCUCUCCUAGGUGGAUGCCCAGAUGCACAGAGGGGCUAUGGCUGCCAUCUCACCCCAGGCCCUGAUUUCACUCCUAGCCUCUGGGUGAAGGCCCCUAGUGGGAUGAUGGCAGUGGGGAGGAGGAGGGACAUCUUUCUGCCUCUACUACCUUUAUGCCAGAGGAGUGUGCCUGGUUUGAUGGGCCAGAGGGUGUGGGGGGCCUGAGGACAUCUCUGGGCUCUUCCUGGGAGGAGGGCCCCUGGGAAUGGUGGUCUUAGGCCUACUGGGCUCAGGUCACUUAGUGGGCUUGGCAGGAGACAGGUAAAUCCAUCACCUGACUAGAGGCCCCACACCCAGCAUUCCCCCCAGAAUGUAGCCAAAGAGGUUAUGGCCCUCCUCUUGCUACCCAAACCAAAAUGUUCCUUUAGUCCUCAGUGUUUUAUAUUCUUUAUGUGUUAUCGAUUUUAACCAGGGGCUUUUAAAGGAAAACCGAAAGCCCGAACCCCUUUUUCCAUUUUAAACUCUAGUUCCUGUGGUCCUCUGAUUUUUUGAUUGCGCUGGGGAAGGAGGGGAAGGGCUGAGGAGAAAUCCUGCCUUCUCAGAGGAGGCCCACAGGUGGCUGAAGAAGAGGAUGUCUUCUAUUUGGAUGUAUCACCCGCCAGCACCACCCGUGCUCUUGGAGGGUGUUGCCACCAUGACCUGCUUGGGUCUCUGCUCUGCUUUCUCUGGCUCCAGACCAGGCGACAUAAAUGAAAAGCCCAGCUGGUUUGAGAGCAGGAAUUCCGGUGGCCUUGCUGGGAAUUCCUUUUGGGCACCUGAAUAUCUAGCUCCACAUCUGGCUGUUCGGUGCAGUGUCCCGGCGGGAGAUGCUGGACUCUUGACUUGCCCUCCCCACUCCGUGGCUGGCUCUGUUCUGUGUCCUGGCCUCUGGCCCCGUGAGGAGCUGGGACCGGACCAAGGAGGACAAGAGGACUCCUCCAAAAGCUGGGACUUCCCUCCAGAACCUGGGCCUGGGGCUGGCACGUGACCACGUGACCAGGAGCAAGUCACUGAAACCUCCUGUGCCUCAAUUUCCCUUCUGCAAUGUGGGGCCAAUGGUUCUUGUUUGUCAGCGCUCUUACUAAGAAGUGCCAAAUAAGGGCCAAACCACACCCUCUUUGUAUCUCCGUAUGGGUGCACACUACACACGUUCACGACUCCUGAUGGGUGGAGAGGUGUGGGCCCCUGGGGCCGACAGGUCCUGGCUCAGCCAUGCCCACCUGGGCUAGGGGCAAACCAGGACCAACUGGUGGACCCGGGCUUCAGUCUGGGGAUUGGGCAUUGCCUCCCCUCCCCCCAAAAAGGGGUUUGGCAGCCCUGCCCUUGCUUGCUGCCCUUCUGAGUGGGCCAGGCUGGCUCCUGGCUGUGCAAAGAUCCCUGGUCCCUGGGCAGGUGAGGAUGGAGUUCCAGGAUGGGACUAGAGGGUGGGGUGGGGAGAGCAAUCGCUCUGCUCCCCUGAUGCACCCUUUAGCUCAAGGGGGCCUCAGAGUCCCCAUUUGCAGCUGGGCAGGACUUCCGGUCCAUACCACUCAGAUGUGGACUCCACUCCCCUCAGGGCCUCUUGUGGGGUCAGGACUGGAGACCUGCUAUGUUCUCAGAAUAAACAUUACCACAAUCCCAGAAA